CCCCCCUUUCCCCCCUCAAAGUCAGCGUUAAACUUCCGCUCAGUCUAUGCGGACUGAUGAAAUGUAGGAAAUCUGUUUCUGGCGGGGUUGGGGAGAAAAAAAAAACAGGUUUCCCAAAGAGAGCAGCAAGUACAGAGAGAUCAGAAGUAUGAAGAGUGGCAGCAAGGCGCCUGCUGCUGCUGCUCCUGGCGAACGAUUCGGGCGAGCAGAGCGUCUGGACAGGCAGCAAGUGGAGAAGAGUGGUGGGGACAUUGCGCCGAGAAAGUAGCGCCAGUUGUUGAAGGAUGUGCACUGCCUUGAGCCCCAAGGCCCGAGGCCCUGGCCUCUCCGACAUGCACCAGUAUAGCCAGUGGCUGGCUAGCAGACAUGAGGCUAAUUUGUUACCAAUGAAGGAGGAUUUGGCUCUAUGGUUGACAAACCUGCUGGGAAAGGAAAUAACAGCUGAAGCAUUCAUGGAGAAAUUGGAUAAUGGCGCCUUGCUCUGUCGACUAGCAGAGACUUUACAGGAGAAAUUUAAAGAAAAUUGCAUUGAGGUGAACAAGUUUGGAAAGAUAAUGCCAGUGAGAAAAAUUCCCUGCAAAGCCAAUGCCCCAUCUGGAUCUUUUUUUGCACGGGAUAACACUGCAAAUUUCUUAUCCUGGUGCAGAGAUGUAGGAGUGGAUGACACUUGUCUAUUUGAGUCUGAAGGUCUGGUCCUUCACAAACAGCCCAGGGAGGUGUGUCUUUGUUUGCUUGAACUUGGAAGGAUUGCUGCCAGGUUUGGUGUGGAGCCUCCUGGGUUAAUUAAACUGGAGAAAGAGAUUGAACAAGAAGAAACACUUUCAACCCCUCUUCCCUCUCCUUCACCCACUCCAUCAAAGUCACCUGGUAAAAAGAGCACAGGGAAGAUCUUGGAUGAUGCGGUGAAGUAUAUUUCAGAAGAUCCUCCUUGUAAAUGCCCCAGUAAAUUUUGUGUGGAGCGCCUUUCCCAAGGAAGGUACAGAGUUGGAGAGAAGAUCCUUUUCAUCAGGAUGUUGCACAACAAACAUGUGAUGGUCCGUGUAGGAGGAGGAUGGGAGACAUUUGCAGGGUACUUGCUGAAACAUGAUCCAUGCCGAAUGCUGCAAAUCUCUCGUGUGGAUGGGAAAACAUCUCCAAUCCAGAACAAGUCUCCGACCAUCAAGGACCUGAAUCCAGACAGCUACUUAGUUGUUUCUGCCCACUACAAAUCCAAAAAGGAGAUUAAGUGAAGUUUCUUAUUUCAUUGGGGACUGUGUAUGUGUAGCCCACACUAUCUUCUCAAGUGUAGUGAAAUUAGUUGACGCUUUAAAAGGACUUGUGAAAAUUACAUGCAGCCUGGAAAUGACAGCCCAUUUUGUGGAUUGUUGAACUGUAGAGAUAUUUAUUUCUAGUACUGUACCUUUUUAUAGCAAGUUACCCUUGAUAGGUUAAUUACGACAAUCAGAUAAAAAAUAAAACAUAUAUUUUUAGCCAAAUUAUUACUCUAUGAAUGUAUUCUUAGAAUGACUUAAACAAUAUGACUCACAUUCAAGUAAUAAAAUGUGAUAUAUUUGUAUGAAAUAUAUAUUUGAUUCCCAACAACUUUCCCCAAUACAGAGUUCUUUGUAGCUCAGUGGUGGAAUACACCCUUUGUAUGUGUAAAUCAUUACAUUUACUUCCAAAUUCUGAAAGUAGGAGGAGAAUGGAGCUUGGAAGAAUGAUUUUUUGAACUAGCUCCUCAAUUUUGCAUGUGUGUAGUUGUCUAAAAAGAAAUCUUUACAAGCUGUGAGCAAGGAAGCUUUCUUCCUAAGUUCCUGAAAAGGAGCAAACAGAUAGAUUAAGCAAUACUUGGCAACUCUCAGCUAGUUUAGGACUUCAUCAUUGUUCCAACACACAAUAAGUUCCUAUGCUUGCAGACUUCCACUUCAUGGAAGAAACCUGAUUUUCUCAUGCAUUAGUUUGGAAGGUUGCUCAUUGAGGGUCUCCAUUGACAUUGAUGCAUCUUCUUUUGUAACUGAGAGAUUUUUCCUGCUUAUAUCACUUAUUCCAGAAAUGGAGCAACAUCCUGUUUACAGCAGUUGCUCCAAAAAUGAAUCAGGUGACAGUUUAUUACCUGAUAUGAAAUGAAAACAGAUAUUGGGUACCAACUGUAGGAAGAUACCUGCACUUCUUCGCAUUUGUAUGCUAAUGACAAAAUUCUUUUUUCAUAGGUAGUGCUAAUCAGUACAAAAAAGAAGCAUGCAUUAUGUAUAAAAUAAAAAAUGUACUGCUAGUGAAAGCAACAUUAAGUAAUUUUUUUUGUUCCAGAUUUAGAGUGUCAAGUGACAAUAGAAAUUUUCACCCUUAUGGGCAGUGCAUAAUCCUUUGUUUGCCAACCCAUAUACUAUACUAAAACAAUUGUAAAAAUAACAAAAGUACUCAUAUGUUCCAUAUGUUAUAUAGCAAAAUGUGAAGUAAGACAACACUUUUUAUGAGCAAAUGGAAUCCACAUUUUGUAACUGGCACAAAAGUAGCACGAGCUGUCAAAGCUGAUAUCUUGGUUUCUGCAGGUAUUUCUUUCUCCUGUCACCUUUCAUGAGCUGUCAAAGAACUUUUAAACUCUAAACCACUUUUCUCAAAUUCUGUUUUGUUUUGUAUGGGGACAAAAAAAUCCAGAUACAGGUAUUGCGUUGUUUCCCUCCCUCUGAAAGCAAGUAACACCUAUGGGAGAGGAGAAACUAUUUCACGGAAUACUGCAGGGGAAUCUCCCAGUAACUUUUUUCUUUGCUUCUCAAACUCAACUCAACCAUGCUUUAAUUUAGAAGACAACACAACAGAUAGUUGUUGACACAUUUCAGUGUAACACAUACUUUGGAGGAACCAUCUCAGCUGCAUUGUCCCAGGCAAUCUGUUAACCUUCUGGAGUUUAUAGCAUUCUCUAUUUCACACCCUUGUUUUAUGUGAGACUUUUUCACAUUAAGCCUUAAGGAUAUCAACCAAGCAUUUUCUAUGGUAAUGAAAAGAUGCAAACAAGUCUUUGAGACUAACACUAGCGUAACUAGAGGUUAUAGCAGUUUAAGUACUUUUUCAGACACAGCACAAGAAGGUAACCAGUGCCUUCUGGUGCAAUGUUUCCCCCCAAAUUCUGCAAUAGUAGCCAGACAACUCUGCCCCAAUCCAAAGGAUCUCAAAAGCUCCCUCACUGUAUCAGCCAUCAAACAGCCAUUACCCUCCCAGAAAGCCAGGAUAAGUAAUGGUGGAAAAACUAUACUAGUCCACAAUCUCAGAAUUAGUAAUAUUUUAAUGUCCUUGUUACACCUCCCAACUACUUUUAUAAGCACUACUACUUAAUGCUUCAAGAUAAAUUAAAUGUAAAAUAUUUGCAAGACUUUUCAACUUAGGAGUGAACUUAGGAGUGAACUUGGCAUAAGAAUACAUUAAUUUGUAGAAGUAAACGACUCCUUGGUUUGUUCUCUGGGUGCCUGUUGUCUGCCUUUAGGAUGGCCUUCCCAUCUAUUGUGAGUGAAGAGUAUGGUAUAGCUUAAGACAGUCCUGGACACAUAUCCUAACAUGACAUGGUGGGAUAUUCUCUGCCUCUGGGUUUACCAGAUAUUUUCAGCAUACUGAAUAAAAUAUGAAAAUAUUGUAUUUGCUGUAGAUAAAUGUGAGGGGAGGGGGUUAGGUAACAUAUCUCCAUGAUAUAUAGGAAUGCUGGGGUUUGGUUUAUAGGGUUUGCUAGUUUUCUUUGUACUUGAUAACUUUUGUGCCUUGCUAGGAAAAAAAUCAUUAUUCGAGGAUUGUUUGAAUGAUGACUGUAUAAAUUUGAGCUGAAAUCAUACGAUGCAUUAGAAAUAAACAAAUACUUUUUAAAGAAA